UUGUCUAUAGAAUAACCGUAAUAAAUUUUAUGCGAAUCGGGGUUUCGGUGGCUCAUGAAAUAUUUUUACUACAAGUUUGAAGAUUGAGCUUCUGCGAGAAACAUGUUUGAAAUUUUCAUUUUACCUCGUACCUAUAGCGGCGCGACGUGAGGGAUAAACUUUGUGAUUUUCUGGAAUUUGAACCCCGACAUCAUUCCAAAAAUUCUCGAAAUAUUACCCGUUGAGGGGAUAUAAAAAAUCUGGAGAUCUCAUACGCGAAACUACGUAAUCGCUGAGGUCAUCGAUGCACGGAUGUUAGUAAGAUAGUGUCGCGCGUACGCGUCGACGAGGAGGGAGGUGUCGAUCUUGGAAGUUGAGAUGAGUUUGGCGGAACAAAUUGGAGAUCGAAUAAUUCACUUUCGGUUGGACCUUGAUCAUCGCUGUGAUAUAACGAGAUCAGGUGAGCUAUGCAAUUAUAAUUUUGGAAGCUCCUUUGAGCCGGAUGUCCCCCUAACACCCAAUAUAUCGGACAUGUCCGGUAUAGUCGACAUUCAAUCAACGGUUUCCCAUCAGAGGUUUCCACUCCGAAAUGCGAAUCAUCACAUUUUUUUGAAAAAUUAAUCGAACGUUCUACGGGCUGACUUGACUUUCGCAAACUAAAACGCUAAAACGAACUAGUAAUUGUUUUCCUUCCAUUUCAUUCGAACAUGAAAAUGGAAAAACUUGUGCAUUACAUUCUGAUAGCCCUCGGCGUAAAACUAAGAACAACAAUUUACACAGUUUAGUUUGACCACCACUCUGUUGUUCACCCUUUCACCGAAUGGAACAACUUCGUGGAUACUUUUUAGCUCGAAGAAUUUUUUUUUUUUCAUAAUUGACUGUUUGAUUACUGCAGAAAACUUGUCCAUUCCCAUGAAUUUUUCAUAUAAAUUCUACUAUAAGUUUUUUGCCAACGGAAUUCAUGCCGUGAUUUAGGAGUCAAGUUCAAAAGCGACUCGAUUUCAACAUUGUGCGUUCAGCCAUCUCGUAUGUCGAUGAACGAGGAGCUUUCUCGUUUAAAAUUUCAUUUUCAUCGACGACCGUUUUACUUUUUUUACAACGAGCUUAGCGAUGAAUUUUUUUAUCCUCUCGGCAGCGACAUUGUUUGCGAUUUUUCAUCAUUGGCGCGCGACAGCCGACGGUACAUCUGGUCCGAGGCGAGAAAUAUUUCCCGCGGAAGAGGAAAACGUGCUGAAAAAAUUUUUCACCAAAUUUCAAGAAGGAGUAGCCAACGCCGAUCUGGGCUACGUCGCGUUCGUCGGGGGGUCGAACGACCAGCUAGUCCUAGCGAAAUCCCUGAUGAAAAACCACCCUUAUCUGAUCGGUGAAAAUAUGCAGAACAUCGAGACUACGAUGUUGAGGCAUUACAACGAAGCUUUCGUGUUCUUGUUCCUGACGAGGAUGCACGAAGAUUACGUGAAGCGCGUACUGAAGGAUGUUCGAAACUUUGUCCGAAUCAAGUUAUAUUUCAUAUACCAAAAGGCCGCCACGAGCGGUGAAAUCGACGCGGUUCUCAGCAGCGGCUCCGAAAUCGCUGGAAACAUUUACACAGCUAUGUAUCCCCGAUUAUUUCUACACGAUCACGAAGGGAGAAUAAGAUUGUACGCUAAAGAAUUCUCGAGGAAUUGUUCACCGGAGCUAGUUACGCUCGUGGAUUUGUCGGGCGCAGCUACGUUUGAAAAUAUCACGAAGCUUCACUCGAGUCCCUUGGACUACAAGGGGUGCGGCGGAGUCGUUCUCACGCGAUAUUUCCCGCCGCGUAUGAUACUCGAAGAGGAGUCCAACGGUGGGUUGAAGAUCACCGGUGGCUCCGAGGGAAACAUGGUGCUGACGAUCGCCCAAACAACCAAAUUUUCACCUCGUAUCAAACUGUUGAACGAGUUCAAUCAACGCAGCAGCAUCGACGCUGCUUUCGGAGGAAUCGCGUUUCGGCAGCCAAUGCUGAUGGCCGUCGACCAGAUCCGAUAUACGGGAGACAUGGACGAUUACGUAGAUUACUCCAGAAUGUAUAGUCAGGAAUGUGCCGUUUGGUGCGUGCCGAAAAUCACCAAGUGGAGCUACGACGUCGUCUUCGGCGAAUUCUCCGGCGAGAGUUGGAUUUUGAUCCUCGCCAUUUUUGGAUCCGUUAUCGCGGUCGCCGGGUUCAUCCAACGCCAGAUUUUCACCGCGACCGACGAAAUGGAAAGGGCGUCGAAUUUCUGCGCUAUGGUCGUAAACUUCUUCUCGCUGAGCCUUGGAAAUCCGUCGUCUCGUCUGCCACCGAUGGGACGUUGGAGGGCUUUUCUGACGUUCUUCUUCUUGUAUUCAAUGGUGACGACAACGGCGUACAAAAGUUCUCUGGCCUCGAUAAUAGCGAUCGGUAACGACAGAUCCGUGAUCGUCGACGACGUGGGAAUAUUGAAGGCAAAUCUGACGACCGGCGGCGACAUAUCAGGGCUGAUUCUUCUCAGGGAUCUGUCGAGGGAGAGUUCAACGAUGCGGGAAUUGAUGAAGCGAUACGAAAUCUGCAACGACACCAUGGCCGCCAUCCGCAGAGUUGCUUUGGACGGGGACUUCGCAUUUCUAACGUCCAGAAAUGAUUUGCAUUACCACAUGAAAAAUUAUCGCAAAACCGACAACGUCCCGCUGCCGUUCCACUUGAUCGACGACUGCGUACUGAGUUACAGUACCGGUAUCGUCAUGCCGAAGGGCACCCCGUUGCUCUCCACCGUCAAUAACGUCAUCAGGGAUCUUUCGGAGUCGGGGCAUCUGGCGCACUGGCAAAAAAAUGAACUGCUCCAAGCGACUGAGGACACCGCUAGAAAUAGGGACGAACGAUAUGAGACUGAAAAUUUUUACCAGAUUUUAGUAAUCUGCGCCAUUUCGUUGAGUGCAUCGAUUCUAGCCUUUUUCGGUGAACUCAUUUAUCACAGAAUCGAAUCGCAUGGAAAACUUUGUAAAAGAUUUCCGAGAGGCCGAGAGACAAUUUUUCCGCAAUCUCAGUAACGUCAUUC